UGUGGUCUCAGGGUCGUUGGGGUUGUUGUGCCCCAGGAAAUUUUACAACUUGUGUUCUGGCUAUAUAGCACCUCUUGAUUCUGAAUGCGUGUUUUCCCCAAUGUUCAGAAGUCUGGCACCAAAAAUGUCUAAAAGUCAAGGAAGGGUGGAAAAAAGCUAAUUUCGUUAGCUCCACAUGACCGCUUUUAAAAGCGGCCAAUUGGCACGGCGUAUUAGCCAAUUUAGCAAGAACAGGGAGAUAAAGCGGACAUUACCUAAUGAAACUCGGUGUCGAUUCAGGUUGUACUGCAACUAAAAGUCGCCUUCUCUCACUCUCGGGCGAAUUCGCCUAAAUGUCUACUUUUUUCUCUUUCCGAAUUUAUUUCACUGGAUUAUACUCCUUGGCUAACAUCUACAAACCCUAAUCCUUCCGAUUAAUGCUUAUAAUCUUACCACCUCUACCACUACGGGGUUUGAAUUGACAACUGCAUCUCUGUUCUAAUGUGGUGUGGCAACUCGAACUGAUGUACGUACGUACGAAGUUCUACGUUGUUACUGACUGAUAUGUUGCGAUAUGUAUAUCAAUUCACGCCUUAGUGAUCGCCGAAUUGUCUGCUUUUCGCAUAAAUUUAGGUUGAAUUGCUUGCUAAUUGUUAGAUAAGCUAGUCAUGAGUUCUCGAACUUGCAUUACGAUACUACUGGACUGUAAUAAGGCCCAUGAUAUACAGCAUUUUCCCACAAUUGAAGAAUACCUUGGUUUUUAUAAGUGAUUUCUCAGUCCUAUAGGACAGGUUGUUGUCGACAUGUGUCUUGAAAAGUUACAUCUAUAUAAGUACAGACUAGUUUCCUUGAUUCUUUACCAGGCCUAAGUGGUUAUAUAAGGGAUCUCAAAACACAUAAGUGUGUUUACUUCAGAAUAAAAUAGCGUUGGAAAUCAGUCGUUUUUCCCACCAUGAUCCAUUGUGUUCGAACUCGUGUACACUACAUCACUGCAUUGUCGAAUGGGUCUGGCUCCUCCGAUUUUGUUCGACCUCAUCUUCAUGUGAAGAUAACACACAAAAUUGACGGAUUUAAAUCUUCCUAGAUUUUCUGUAAAUAGAGUUACUUCGGAGUUAUUCGUUAGAAAGUUGUUACUUGGUACCUUUUUCAAGUUGUCCACGCAAUCUCAUUAAUCUGAUUAUACUUUGUGUAUCGUUUUUAUAUUAGUAUUAUUACUCACUAUAGCCUAUACCAAUUAGAUUGGGAAUUCGGAUCACAAUAUUACUGAGAGCAUAUUUAGGUUUCUUAGGACAGUUGGCGUAUACAUAAAAAUAAAAUUGAAUCAAAAUAGUAGUGAGUGGACGCCACAGUAGACUGAAGUAGCAAUAGUACUGGCUUAACACAGAAAUUAGAAUUUCACUUGCACAGAAUUUCGUGCAGUCGUAGAAUCACCCGGAGUUGCAUUGUAUAUGUCCAUCCUGAAUUGAAUAGAAAUAUAUCCAAAGUCUUCAAUGAUGUGUUUUAAAUUUUAAUCAAUUGGUAAAACGAUAGAAUAGGACUAACAGUUCGAUAGACUAAAAAAACAAAGGCGUUGUAAAGAUAUACAUAUAAGGGAUUAAAGUUAAUCACAUAAUUAAACAUAAUUUAGGGAAUAGGAUCUGAUUAUAAAUCCAAUAGUCCAAUGUUCGAUCAGAGUGUACGGUUAUGUAAAUCAACAUGUUCGGACUAGUGUAGAAUAAUUACAUUAAUUUCGAGUAGCCAACAAAUAGUGCUAUUUAGCUCUACAGAGUAAAUUACCUUGUUCUCUAUACUCAUUCGUUGAUUUCUUUCCUGAAGUUUUUGUUAAGCAUCACUCCACAUUCAACACCAAACUUACCUGACUAUUCGUUUAAGUGUGCUUUUAGCUUGAUGUUUUGAGUGAUAUUUAAUUUAUUUCAAAUCUUUCAUUUUUAUCUGACUUAAGAUGGUCAACCCUAUAAGAAUGGAAAUUGAUUUAACUACCCAAGUGGCUGAAGCUGCAAAUAUUGAUCGGAAUCUAGUCAGUCGUGUGAUUCCAAUGUUUGAAAAUGGUUAUACUGUGCCAUUUAUUGCACGUUAUCGAAAAGAAGUAACUGGAGGCGCAGAACCAACAGUGUUGCAUAGACUGAAGGAAAAAAUGAAUGACUGCAAAAUGCUUGUUGAUAAAAUCGAGAAAUCACUCCAGUUUUUUGAUAAGAGUGGAUUACUAACGAAUGAAUUAUCGCAACAGUUAAUGAAAUGCAAAACAACUGAAGAUAUUAAGCUUUUGGGAAGUUUAUGA